GUGACCCUAAAAGGAAUAAACGGGAACAACAGUCCCCUGCCCUUCACGACAUCCUACAAUGGCAGCAAAAUGAUUCGUCACAUUUACGUCUUCUUUGUGGAAUGGUCACCAGAUAUUUACACAAAAGGAAAGAAGAAGCGUCACGAGUCAGGUUAUGAAAACAAAGAGAAAGAUCCUAACAGACACCUGGUAGCCGACAAGGUCAUGAGUGCAGUAAACAAGAUCUUCAGCAAACCUCUCAACAUCAUUAGAAAGAUCCUCACAGUGAGGCCGCCCGGCCGCCGCCGGAGCCUCUGCAGCUCAGUGGAAUCCGAGGAGAACGAGCAACAAGAAUAUGAAAAUGCACUCCCUGUUCUGAGUGAUCCCAGCAGCCUUCUGCAUGACCACCAUCUACAAAAGCUUGCUGCUCACAUGCCUGCACGGACUCAGGGCUACCAGUGGAAUCUGGUUUACAGCACAGCCGUCCAUGGAAGCAGCCUGAAGACGCUUUAUAGAAAUAUGGCUGAUCUGCAGAGCCCCGUGCUGCUGGUCAUCAAGGACAUGCACAAUAAGGUGUUCGGGGCUUUUUCUUCUGAUCCCUUCAGAGUCAGUAACUAUUUCUACGGCACCGGAGAGACCUUCCUGUUCAGCUUCAACCCUGACUUCCAGAAAUACACCUGGAGUGGUGAGAACUCCUACUUUAUGAGUGGCAACUGGGAAUCUCUGCACAUUGGUGGAGGAGGGGGUGGCUUUGGCCUGUGGCUGGAUGCUGAUUUGUACCAUGGAGCAAGUUUCUCCUGCCCUACUUUUCACAACGCACCUCUGUCCACACAUGAAGACUUCAUUGUACAAGACAUUGAAGUCUGGACUGUCCAGAACUGAAGGACACCGGAGCUGUCCUGUCUGCUGUCACCUCUGCACCUGCAGAUUAGUGUCCUCACACAGCACCAAGCCUAUUGGACCUAAACCUUCAACUAAGGUUGUUAAGUUGGGACUGUUAAAAACACAAGGUCCUGUGAUUCAGGUUGCUGCUGUUCUGAACAGGUGGACGAUCUUCAACAGAUUUAUGGUGAAAAAUUUACUGACCGUUUUACCAUGUUCCCUGUUUACUAUAAAGAGCAUUAUCAUGCAAAGCUCAAACAAGCUGUGCUGGGUGAAAAGGCUGAUGUCACUGUAAAAACACUUUUUAGUGCUGAUCAUUUAUUUUUAAUCUUAUUUGAUUUUGAACAAAGGGUGAUGAUUGUUUAACAAAAUGAAUGUAUUUUACUGUGUUUUUGUUAACUGUGUGGUUUUGUUUGUGUUUAGGAUGUUUUUUUUUUUUUUACCUGCUUUAUUAAGUUGUGACAAGGACCCAAGAGAGCCUAUCUAUGGUUCUAUAAGAGGUUUGGUUUGGAUCAAACCAGUUGGUAGAAUAUAAGUUACACUACAGAUGGAUAUUUGUGGAAACAAAACAGGUAACUGGUGUUUAGAGAAGAAGUGAUCACAAACAUUCUUCUUCUUUUUCUUUUUAAGAUAAAAGGAACUUUAUUGUUUGCUACAACUGUGGCUGAAUUUCUUUCUUUCUUUCUUUCUUUCUUUCUUUCUUUCUUUCUUUCUUUCUUUCUUUCUUUCUUUCUUUCUUUCUUUCUUUCUUUCUUUGACAUGCUCUUGUCCAUUCCUCAUUCAAUCAAAUAUAGUGUCAAAACAGUUUAAUGACUUUAUAAUAAAAACAUUAAGUUGAA